AUGUCCAAGCCUGCUUCUUUUCUUCGAGAGUACAAGAUCGUCAUUGUAGGAGGUGGUGGUGUCGGCAAAUCUGCCCUGACGAUCCAGUUUAUUCAAUCGCACUUUGUUGAUGAGUAUGACCCGACUAUUGAAGAUUCGUAUCGCAAACAAUGCAUGAUUGACGAUGAAAUGGCAUUAUUGGAUGUAUUGGAUACAGCUGGCCAAGAAGAGUACAGUGCCAUGAGAGAACAGUAUAUGCGUAAUGGCGAAGGAUUCAUUCUCGUUUACUCUGUCACUUCACGACUUUCAUUCGAUGAAAUCAGUACAUUUUAUCAACAAGUAUGCCGUGUCAAGGACCGUGAUCAUUUCCCAAUGGUGUUAGUUGGCAACAAGUGUGAUCUUGAAAGUGAGCGUCAGGUUUCUCGACUAGAGGGGCAUGACUUAGCUCGCCAAUUUCGAUGUCCAUUCGCCGAGACGUCUGCAAAAAUGCGCAUAAACGUUGAUGAAACAUUUCACAAUGUCGUACGAGAAAUUCGAAGGAUGAACAAGGAGCAGGAAGCAGGCCCCAAUGGAUAUGGCCCUCGACGCCAAAACUUUGAUGUGGAAGAAGGACGAGAGAGUGGAAGCGGCUGCUGUGGCUGUGUCUUGAUGUGA